AUGGCGUCAAAAAAGCUUACCAGCACUUCUCGAAAGGAAAAUCCUACUAAGGCUACCGUCAUAAAAAAAGAACCAGCUAAGCCCGCCAAACGGGCGACUGUCGCAAAGAAAAACACUAGCGAACCAGAUCCCAAGCCGACUAAGCGAAAGCGCGUCGCAGAGGAAGAUGAAGACGAUGUUGCGCGCCGCAGAAAAACUAUAAAGAAUGAAGCUCCCAAAGAACGAAAACAUGUCAAGCCUGUGGCCAAGAAGCCCGUCAAGAAGGAGAAGCCCAUCAUUGAAGAGCCGGCCGCUCUCAACAAAGCACCUACUGAGCUUAUUGCUGUCUUUUCGUUCGGCAGCGGCGAAUGUGGCGAGCUUGGUCUCGGUCCCAAGCGCACAGCUGCACUCGUUCCCAAGUUCAACCCAGCCCUGGACCCCAAUGAGGCUUCCAAAUAUCACAUUGUUCAGCUUGCUUGCGGCGGCAUGCACACCAUUGCUCUCACCGCUGAUAACAAGAUCCUGACUUGGGGCGUCAACGAUGAGGGGGCUCUGGGAAGAGACACUGCUUGGGAGGGUGGCCUCAAGGACAUGGACGCCGAAUCCGACAGCGGCGACGAAGACGGCGAAUUGAAUCCACACGAGUGUACCCCAACCGAGGUUCCUUCCAAGAAUUUCCCUAAGGGCACAGUCUUCACCCAGGUUGCCGCCGGUGAUAGCUGCAGCUUCGUGCUGACCCAGACUGGAAGCGUCUACGGAUGGGGAUCAUUCCGAGAUAACAAAGGAGACAGACGAUUCACAAAGACCCAGAACGACAAGGUUGUCGAGAUUCAGAACGACCCCAUUCUGAUUCCAGAGCUUGAAAAUGUCAUACAAAUUACUUGCGGUGCCAAUCAUGCGCUGGCCCUCGACAAGUCGGGCCAGGUUUGGGGAUGGGGAUCAUACGAGCAGAACCAGCUUGGCCGACAGCCGUUUGGUCGAUACCAGCAGGAGACUCUGCUGCCUCGCCAGGUUCGAGUGUGCACCCGCCCCAUUAAGUACAUUGCCUCUGGCGAGUACCACUCCUUUGCUGUCGAUCGCAAGGACAACGUUUGGGCAUGGGGUCUGAACAGUUUCGGCGAGGCCGGGUACGCCAAGGAAGCUGGUGGCGACGAAGCCAUCCUGCCGUACCCCAUGAAGAUUCGCGACCUCUGCGGCAAGGGCGUUGUAUCCAUGGCCGGCGGCACCCACCACUCUGGAGCUGUCACCGAGGACGGCAAGGUCUACAUGUGGGGGCGUCUUGAUGGCGGCCAGCUGGGCAUUGACUUCUCACAAAGCCAGCUCGACGACGAGCACCUCGUCCGCCGCGACGAGUACAACAAGCCCCGCAUUUGCCUGCGGCCUACUGUUGUCCCCGAGUUGGGCAAUGUCGUCGACGUCGCCUGCGGGACCGACCACACCAUUUUCAUCAACAACGAGGGCGUAGGCUAUGCCACCGGGUUUGGAUCCGUCGGCCAGCUCGGCCUAGGCAACGAGGAUGACUCAAAUACCGCCCAGCGCAUUCGGGGCAAGGACAUCAAGGGCAGAAAGCUCGUGGGUGCUGCUGCGGGCGGCCAGUUCUCCGUGGUCACCAGCACGUCUGCCGUGCCCAAGACGGAGUGA